AAACGUGUUUCUCUCCAAUCGUCCAACAUGGCGUCGGCCAGGAGGCUGAAACGCGUGGUGGCUUCACAACCAGGUUUUCUCAAUUUAAAGUCCACUUCAGACCCUGCAGGCUCAAUCAGUAGUCGAAGAAAACGUGUGAAUAAGAAUAAGAAGAAGAACUGGAACAAAUUCAGCGACAUAAACGAUGUCGACGAGUUUUUAGAAGACGUCAGACACCAGGAGAGGACCACCGGGGGUCUGCUGUCUGAGAAGCCCGAUGACAGUUUGUUCUUUUUGGAUGUUGGACAACAAAAGAAAGCUGAACAGAACGUAGCAGAACCUGUCGAGGGGAAGAAGAGGAAAGGGAAGACGUCACGUCCUCUGAGGAUAGACCUGAUCCUACAGCACGAUUCCCUCGUUCCACCACCUAAAGAUGUGCUGGCGUAUCAGCAACCUAAUGCCAAGAAAGUCCGUCGCAUUGCCCAAAAGGCAGAGCAGCUGGCAGCCAAAGGAGUGGUGCCUCGGAGGCAGAAACAGCUGCUGAACAGACGGCCAGUCGACAGGACGACCAAGAAGGCAGUGACAGAGGCCAACAACAACCCAAACAGAGACUAUUAUGACAUAUGGGGACAAGAGUCCAAAGAUGCCGCUGACCCCUGGUACCUUCAACAGACGGGCAAGAAGCUCGUCAAGCGUCAAGAGAGGAUGAAUGACAAGCCGUCUGUGCUUCCGGCUGUGGAGGUGAUCGCCCCUGGAGGAUCCUACAACCCAGACUUCUUCUCCCAUCAGGCCUUGCUGCAGGAGGCCCACGAGGUGGAGGUCAAGAAACAAAAGGUGGAAGACAAAAUAGAGAGACAGCUGGCUGUCAACAGAGAAGACACAGCGACAGAGGAGACGAUAUUAAGAGAGCAGGUGGAAGGCCUGGUAGAAGAGGAGAACGAAGAAGAAGUGGCUCCUAAUGAAGGAGAUGAGGAUGUGAUGGUGGGAGCCAUCACACUAGCAGCCAAGAAGACUGAGAGACAGAGGAAGAAGGAGAAGGCUGACAAAAUUAAGGAGCAGCAGCGGCUGGCUGACAGACGGCAGAAUGACCAUCGGCAGCAGCUCUUCCAGCUUCGCUCCAUUAAGGCCUCCAUCAAACAGCAGGACCAGAAAACCAAGACCAGACAGACACAACGCAAGGCCAAGCAGGAGGCCCAGAAAGCUCAACCCAGACGCCUCGGCAAACUCAAGUUUCAGCCUCAGGACCUGGAGGUUCAGUUGAGUGACGAGCUGGCCGGCUCCCUGCGACAACUCAAGCCAGAGGGCAGCGUCCUCAAGGAUCGCUUCAAGAGUCUGCAGAAGAGGAACCUGAUCGAACCAAGAGAAAGAGCCAAGUUCAAGAGGAGACACAAGCUGAAGUAUGUGGAGAAGAGGGCUUUUAGAGAGAUCACUUAGUGCUGACCCACAGACCACAGGAGCUGAACGCAAAGCGUUUAAAGUCACAAACACAACAUAAUGGAACCGUGUAUAUACAACUUAAUGACUGUUAAGAGUCUGUUUGACCCUUUCAGACAAUUACAACCGCUAACAAAUUAAAUUGUCAUAUCAGUG